AUGUUCGAUAUGCUCGACACGCAAAUCGAAAUCCAUAAGAAAGAAAUUGAUUUUGAUAGUGUGGAAAGCACCGACUACGUUGAAGCUUAUCUCAAAGAGCAGAAGCGACUGGAAAAUGAGCCCGAUAAUGGAGGAUUCACCCACGCUCAGCUGCGUAAUAUGUGUUUCGAUUUAUGGCUGGCUGGGAUGGAAACUACUUCGAACACACUUUACUGGGGAGUACUGUAUGUGGAAGUCCAAAGGCUCUCUAACCUUUUGCCAGUGAACGUGUUUCAUGAAACCACUUGUGAUGUCGAGAUCGAGGGCUAUCAAAUCCCAGCUGGUACACUUGUAUUGCCACAGAUAUCCACUGUUAUGUAUGAUGAGAAGGUGUUCCCUAAGCCGUACGACUUUGAUCCGCGUCGACAUUUAUCUGAGAACGGUACCUUUGUACGAAUAGACGAAGUGGUUCCAUUUUCAAUGGGAAAAAGACAAUGCUUGGGGGAAAGCAUUGCACGAAUGGAGCGCUGUUCCUAUUUUCUUGCCAAAUUUCCUUCAAUAAAAUUCGAGGUUACGACGUAUGGCGACCAACGGCCAUCAACGGUGAAGAAAUUUGCCGCCACAGUACGAGCGCAGGACUUUUGCGUGGUCCUCAAGGAGAGGCAUUAA